AUGGAUGAGGAUGACACAAAUGUGGAACCAAUGUUUGAUUAUCACGGCUUUAAUGAAGGGUAUAACAUUGACUCACUCGAAGACAUUGGGAGGAUUGAAUUUUGGAACAUCAGAGACGAAGAUGUAUGUCAUUUUCACUUUUUUUAUAUCGACAUUGCAUUUGAGUUCUACAAUAGAUAUACAAGGACAAUAGGCUUUAGUGCUCGGAAGAACACGACUAGGAAGAGUCAUGUAGGCGUACUUAAGUUGAAGAAUUUUGUAUGUCAUCGUGAAGGAUUUAGACUACAAAAUAAUAAUGACAUUGGAAACUUUAAGAAAAAACCGACACCAGAGACAGAUCAUCCGCUUAUGGAUCCUCGAUUGACUGGAUUGCUUUGUGGGCAUGGAUUCAUGUCCGAGGCUGAUAUUGGCCAUAUUAUUAACAUGAAAAAGGGUGGGAUUAGUGUUGGACAGAUAUAUCGGGCAUUAGCAAAUCAGGCAGGUGGCUACGGGUAUCUCUCUUUCACGCAAAAGGACAUGUACAAUAAAAUAGCAAAGCAGAGGCGCCAAUUACCCGAUGAUGCAUAUGCAACUUUGAAUAGGGCAGAUUACUCAUUAUUUGGCGAUGUGUUGGCUUUUGAUGCUACCUAUAAGAGGAAUAAAUAUAUGUGUCUAUUGGUGGUAUUUUUUGGUGUCAAUCAUCACAAUCAAAUAAUUAUUUUUUCUACUGCUUUAAUUUGUGACGAGGAAAAAGACACAUAUAGGCGGUUGCUACAGCAAAUGAAGCUGGCAAUGAAUGGAAAAGCACCUAUUUCGGUUAUCACGGAUGGUGAUCUAUCAAUGAAGUUUGCCAUUGAGAAAGAGUCUCCUAAUUCACAUCAUAGAUUAUGUGCAUGGCAUCCGAUUCGCAAUGCAACAAGUAAUAUUGGCAAGCUCCAGUUUACCUCCAUAUUUAAAAAGUGUAUGCUAGGCGACUAUGAAAUUGAUGUAUUUCAUCAAAAGUGGUUUGAAAUAGUUGAGGAAUUUGGUGUCGAAAACAAGAGUUGGGUCCUAGAUAUGUAUAAGAAGAGACAUUCAUGGGCAACUACACAUAUAAGAGGGAAGUUUUUUGCUGGUUUUCGGACUACUUCUCGGUGCGAGGGAUUAAACUCAAUCAUUGCAAAGUAUGUCAAUUCAAGGUACAAUCUGGUUGAGUUCAUUCAACACUUUAAUUAA